CCAGCCCCGCUCCUCUCUCGCUUCAAAACACAGCGAGAGCAAGAGCGAGAGAGCGAGAGAGUGAGAGCGAAAGAGUGAGCGGACUGACCCGCUGAGCAAACCCAACAGUGCAAGUGAUUGACAGGUGUCCCGUGCAGCAUGCGUUGGUGCGCAGUUGCAGUUCUACUGAGAGUCGCAGGCUGCAGCCUGGCAGCCCUCCCCCUCGACAAUGCCCCCAGUAAGCCACUGGUCCGCUGCUGGUCUCCCAGUUACCCUGAGAAGGUUCUGUGCAGCUGGACGCUGGAGCGCAACACUCACCUGCCUACUGAGGUCACUGCCACCUAUAGUCUGGGUUUCAAAGGGAAGGUGCAGCAGUGUGUGAGGGACCCCCUGGACGACUCGCUCUGUGUGAUAGAGGAGCCUGAACUCUACUCAUCUCUCCCAUAUUACAUCAACGUGUCAGCGAGCAACACAGCAGGGCGGGCAAGCACCCUGCUGCCUUUCAUCACAGAGAACAUUGUGAAACCUGACCCACCCAUCAAUGUCACAGCCACACCCACGCCUGGGCGGAGCCGACAGCUGUCAUUGCAGUGGGCCCCGCCCCCCAGCUGGCCACUCCCCCAGCUCUUCCCUCUCAAGUACCUGGUGCAGUACAGCUGGGGCGUGGACAAGCACAGCCGCACAGUCGGCCCCUAUGAGGAGACCCACUGCACUCUGAAAGGUCUGCGGCCACGCUCCUCCUACACCGUCCGUGUCUCCGCGCUGGACUUCAUCGACAACGGAGAGGCCAGCGAGUGGAGCGAGCCAGCCAGCGCCAACACCACCUGACACCAGUCCAGCAACGACACCAGCUGACACCAACCCAGCAACGAUACCACCUGACACCAACCCAGCACCAACACCACCUGAUACCAACCCAGCACCAACACCACCUGAUACCAACCCAGCAACGACACCACCUGACACCAACCCAGCACCAACAACACCUGACACCAACCCAGCACCAACACCACCUGACAUCAACCCAGCACCAACACCACCUGAUACCAACCCAGCAACGAUACCACCUGACACCAACCCAGCACCAACACCACCUGACACCAACCCAGCAACAACACCACCUGAUACCAACCCAGCAACGAUACCACCUGACACCAACCCAGCAACAACACCACCUGACACCAACCCAGCAACAACACCAC